AUGUCCGCGGCUGAACAAUGUGUUAAAACAAUCCAAAAAGAAAAACAACUCGAUACUCUUAGUACCAACGGUCACAAAGAAAAUGGACGUAAUGAUACUGAAGAUGACACGGCUUUCACAGUAGGAACAAUCAACGAUAACCAUCGACGCACAUCCAUGAGAGAUCGUCAAUCAAGUGUAUAUGAUGACAAUGCUCUUCGUGAAAAGGACACAGAUUCCAUUCAUAAUGAUCGUCUGAAAUCGAUGACUUCAUUCUAUAAAGAUAUAUUAAUUAGCGUUGGCGAAGAUCCAUCUCGAGAAGGCUUGUUGAAAACACCAAAACGUGCCGCAGAAGCGAUGUUAUUUUUUACCAAAGGUUAUGAACAAUGUAUAGGUGAUGUGGUUAAUAACGCUAUAUUUGAGGAAGAUUGUGAAGACAUGGUUAUCGUCAAAGAUAUCGACAUAUUUUCAUUAUGUGAACAUCAUUUAGUACCUUUCUUCGGAAAAGUUGCUGUUGGUUAUCUUCCCAAGAAUAAGGUAAUUGGAUUAAGUAAAAUUGCCAGAAUUGUCGAAGUAUACAGUCGCCGUCUUCAAGUUCAAGAGCGUUUGACACGUCAGAUAGCUGAAGCUAUUGAAGAAGCAGUCGAACCGCACGGUGUAGCUGUUAUUGUGGAAUGCGUUCAUAUGUGUAUGGUGAUGCGUGGUGCUCAAAAAGUGAAUUCUCGUACAACAACAUCGUCGAUGCUCGGUGUUUUUCGUGAUGAUCAUAAAACACGCGAAGAAUUUUUAUCAUUGGCAAAGAUUUAA